GACGGCCCUUCAUGCAUCAGUAACAUAAUGGUAUGCUUCGCAACAGCAACCGAUGAAUCUAUAACUAGUGCAAUCACACUUAUUUCUCCUGGAACUGAAGGAGAGUUCUUCAAAGUACUUGCAGUUAGGGCUAUCCCUAAUGUCGAACAGAGUAAUGCGCUCUCAAACAGCGGUGAUGGACAGUCUUUAAAUGAUGGACAGAUUGAAUUAAUGGUGAAUUGUUUAUAUUUUUGGCUAUAUUUAAUAAAAAAUCUAUUUAAAUAUUUAUUUAUUUUUAAUUAA